UCCACAAGUGUAGUAAACUCUCCCUACAACAUCUUCUUAUCAUUUUUCACUUUUGUUUCUUCAAAAAUAACCAAGAAAGUUUUCAAACUUUAUCAAUAAGACAAAACCAUAAAACCCCCUUCUUCUUUUUUUAUUAUUUUUAGGUGGUCCAUAGUUUUGAGUACUAGAAAAAGAAAAGAGUAGUUAUCAAUAUAUUGAGGGGGUUAGAAUUUGUGUGUUUUCUUGAAACUUUGCCUUGUUUGGAAGUAAGCAAAAAUAUGGAGUGGAAUGGGAAUAUUAGACCUUUUGUUUCAAGACCAGUUCUUGAUAAUUCUCUCAAUUUUCUCUACAACUACAAUUAUGACCAAUAUCCAGGUAUGGAAAUGAAACAUGCAAUGCAAACAGAAAAUGGUGGAGUACAACUCCCAACAAUGGACAACAAUAACAACAACAACUUUGUACUCAAUCAUCAUCAAUUGGACAAGAAGAAAAGAUUGUCAAGUGAUCAAUUAGAGUCACUAGAAAACAGUUUCCAAGAAGAAAUAAAACUUGAUCCAGACAGGAAAAUGAAAUUGGCUAAAGAACUUGGAUUACAACCAAGACAAAUUGCUGUUUGGUUCCAAAAUAGGAGAGCUAGAUGGAAGGCUAAACAACUUGAAAGACUCUAUGAUUCACUUAAACAAGACUAUGAUGUUGUUUCAAGGGAAAAACAAAAGCUCCAAGAUGAGGUAUUGGCAUUAAGAGCAAUUUUGAAGGAACAAGCCACAAAGAAACAAGUAAAUUCCACAGUUUACACUGAAAUAUCAGGUGAAGAGACAGUUGAAAGCACAUCAAUGCCAAGUUUCAACAAGACAAUUACAAGGGGAAUUACUACAAGUAACCAUCAGAAUAGUAAUAAUAAUAAUAUUACUAAUAACAAUAACAAUAAUAAUAUGGCUGAAUGUAGCUAUGUUUUUAAUAAUGUUGUAGAUGGGCUUAAUCCAGUGAUGCCACCUUAUUGGGCCUCUUUGCCAACAUAUCCAUGAAGAGAGAUUAAUUAACUUAAUUAUGCUGCUUCUAAUUAAUUUGCUAGGUUUAGUUUUCUCUUUAAUUAGCACUAAAACAGAUUAAUUAGAAUUAAAGAAUAGGAGAGUAGCAGAGUUAGUUUGAUAAGUUGAUGUUAUAUUUAAGAUUAGCAGUACUGAGUGGUUUUUAUUAGUGUAAUUGUAAGGUUUAACUACUCUUUUGUUGUAUUUACAUUAAUGUC